ACCCUCCUUGCCAAGGUAGAUCUUUAUCUUUCAGAACAAAAAAAAGGCCGUGGGACAAUCUCGGUUGCUUUUCGUCACAAAACAGAUGCGAAGUCUGGGCUUAUUGUGAUCAUGAUUUAGCUGUACAGUAGAGUGUGAGAAACUUCUUGAGGAACAAUGCCCUUCCCUGCAGGUAGUUUUGGAAAAGCUCACAUCAGCACUUUUGCUGUGGGUAUUCUGUUUGGCCUGUCGGUGUCGUAUUUGAUCAAAUUUUCAGAGAAAUCGAUUUACUUUACACCUGCCAGUUUUAUUCCUGACAGUCCUCACAGCCAUGGGGAGAAUGAUGACCUCAAAGGCCCAGAAAACUUUGUCAGCUGGACAGAUGCUCAUUCUCACAGUCACACUCAUGAGAACAACUCGGUGGCAAAGCAGCUUGAACGUCAAGUACGUGUGUUAUGUUGGGUCAUGACCAACCCAAAAAACCAUCAGACCAAAGCUCGGCAUGUUAAGGCUACAUGGGGACAGCGGUGCAACGUUCUCCUAUUUAUGAGCUCCAAAAAAAAUGGAGAACUUCCUGCUAUUGCUUUAAAGGUUCAGGAGGGUCGGAAUCAUUUGUGGGCCAAGACGAAAGAAGGAUUCAAGUAUGUGUACGAACACCACUUCAACGAUGCUGAUUGGUUCAUGAAGCUGGACGAUGACUCGUACAUGAUAGUUGAGAACCUGCGUUACUUCCUUAGGGACAAGAACCCUAAUGAGCCUCUGUACUACGGCCGCAGGUUCAAAAAAAUGGUUGAAAAGGGUUACAUGAGUGGAGGUGCUGGAUAUGUCCUGAGCAAAGAGGCACUCCGUAGAUUUGUGACUCGUGGUUUAGGGGAGGAACAGCAUUGUCGGAAGGAUGAUGGCGGAGCUGAGGAUGUUGAGGUGGGCAAAUGUCUCAGCAAAGUCGGGGUGUAUGCCCAGGACACACGAGAUGAGCUGGGGAGGGAAAGGUUUCACCCCUUCAUACCAGAGCACCACCUGAUCCCUGACAUCCUCCCCAAGACUAUGUGGUAUUGGUCUUACAAUUACUACCCUACCAAACAGGGCCAAGAGUGCUGUAGCGACUAUGCCAUCACCUUCCACUAUGUGCCUCCCAACAUGAUGUAUGUUUUAGAAUAUCUCAUAUAUCACCUGAAGCCCUAUGGGAUCAACACUAUUCAAGUAGUCGAGUCGGACAAGAAAUCUGAGAAUAAUGAAUCCAUGGUCAGCUCAACAAAACCUCCUGAGUCUGUUGUACAAGAUGCUGGCUUUGAGAAGCAGGAUUCCAGGAAGGCUGUGAUGGAAGCAGAAAAGAAGUCAAAUUUGUUGGAUAAGCUGAGGUCUGAAAAUGAGAGUUCUUUAGUGACCAAAAGUAAAAGACUAGACCAAGACAAUGUGGUACAUGAGAAAGAUUUAGAGCAGGAUAACAUGGUUGAAGAGAUAAAUAGUUGAAAUCUGUUGAAGUUGGUGUAGGUCUUUACAAAAGCGUUAUGCUUGUGAUUUGUUAUUUGCUUAUAUAAUGGUAUUAUUGAUUCCCCACCUCCUUAUUAUUGACAUCCCUCCUUUACCUUCCCAGUUUAACCUGACAAACACCGUAAACUGCAUUCAACUCCUUCACUUCUGUAAGGAUUUUUGUGAGGGGCUAAUGGGGAAGUCUUACAUCAGAGGGACCGAAAUUGUAUUCGUAGAUAUGUGCCAUAUUUAUAAUGUUCUGUCUACGUGUUGAUGGUGGAUUGCUAAUGUCAAUUAAUCUUUUUCAAAUAUUGUCCAGAGCUUUCUAGCAACUUUUUAAAUAAUUUGUAAUUGUCUUAUUUUGGUCUUCAUUUUAUUUUACAUCCCUACUUUAAAAUUUAUGUUUAGUUACAGGCUGACAAGAGAGAGACAAAAUAAGCAUUAUUUAUUAGCUUAGCUGGCUUAGAAAUUUAAGUAUAUAUAUGAAUAUGUGUAAUGCUAGUAUUGACUGUGCUUUCAAUCUUUUUUUUAAAAUAUUGAAAACGUGGUUAACCAUGCUGCAAAUUCUUGAAACUGGACUGUCGGCAACUUUCAUACUAUGGAAGAAUGCUCCAAAAGCUUGCAUUCAUCCCCUAGAAAAUGGAGGCAUACAUCUGUUCAUCAAAAUGACUGCAGUCUCAGUAAGACACCUUUGCAGUGCUGGAGUUUUUUAUUGUCAAGGUCCCACCCUAAAGUAAAUUCCAGUAAACCAGAAACAUCCCUCUAUGCAUAUCAACAAUAAAGAGGCAAACACACUGGUGUUAAUGGUAAUUGUAUAAAGGUUGUGGUAUUUUAAAGAUAGCUUUGGAUUUCCCCAAUUAACAUUGUCAGUAAUUUGUUAUCAACAGUGUAAGAGGAAGCUGCCUGUUAAAACAUGGGUUUCUGUGAAGAUUUUGAAGAAUUACAUCACCACCAUGAAAAGGAAUAUUGGCACUGGCAUAUGCUUUUGUUCUAUGAUAUACCUGGGUGGAAUAUACACAAAUUCAACAUUCAGCCGUUUGUUUGUUUUGUAUACACUUAUUCAUAUUUUGUAUUGUUUUCUAUUAAUUGUGAUUUCAAAAUGGUGUAGGUGGACUGAACAGUUAAGCUAGAUAAUAUGAUGAUGGACUCUUUCCGAGAUCGCCCGGUGUAUGAACAAUGAGACCAGUAUAAAGAUACGUUGUAUUUAUACUCAUGUUUUACAACAUUCAGGUUCUAAAUCGGUGUCACAGUACUCAAGGCCUUUUUUUUGGGUUGGUUUUCUUGUUUUUCAAAUUUUAUUUUAGAUUGGUCACAACAAUAAUUUACUUUGAUAUAUAAUGUGUUUACUCCCUUCAUCUUUAACUAUUGUCUUGAAGAUUCCUUUUCCCAAAAUUAUUUCGUUUAAUCUCCUACUGUCGAGGAUUCAGAAAGAGAGAAAAAUGACCUUUAACAGGCAUGGAGAUGCUUUUGUAACCAUUAUAUUGAAUAAAUACAAUGUUUUGCUUUGGAUGAAUGAUUUUAUUGCAUAUUUCAAAAUUAAUUGAUUUGCCUUUGUAACAUUAUUCAUAAGCUUUCAAGGGAAAAAAUUGUUGUAUACUCAGAAUAGUCUUAAUCAAACAGUUUUAUAUUGCUUUUUAAAAUGUUUAUGUGUUGUUAUAACACUUUGUGUUUAUUGGUCAACCCUUUUAUUAUGUUUGGUUUAGAUCGCAUUUUUUUUUGGUUAUGUUCCUUAUGUAUGUUAUAUUGGCUGCUAUUUUGUUUGUACCUUCUCCACAUUUGAUUUUAAAGGAUGCAUUAACUGUUUGGUCUUUUGUCUUUACACAAUGGCUUCCAGCUAUUUUCAUUGAAAUAUUUUACUUUUUGUGUAUUAUCGAUUUUGAAUUUUGUUUCCUCCCUUCAUUGAGGAUGGAUAGUGGAGGUGAAGAUCCAAUGGCUCGUGUUGACUCUUCACCUAUAUCGUUCAAGCACAGUACUUUUAAGGUCCUAAUAACAAAACAACAAGACUGUACCUGGGUCACAAAAUAGUCUGACUGAGAGCUACUGUGAUGAAAAUGUGUGUUGUUUAUCAUACUUUGUUACACUGAUCUCCUCGGAGAAUAAUGAUUAAGCUAUUGAAUGACAUCAGGUUUCUGAAGACUAUACUGUUUGCUCAUGUUGUGAUUGAUCUCAGUGUGUUUGCCUCUCCUGACCCCACUCUGCUGAGGAUUAUAGAGGGUGACACUGACAGGUUUUUUAAAACGGUUUCUUUGUUGUUUCUGUUUGUCUGCCUUGCUCUUUCCGAACACUACAUGACCGCUAUUGUGUAAAUGUACGUUUCUUUAAAAGAACUGAAUCACCACUUUGUGUCUGUUCUGCCUGUCUUGAUCUUCACGCUGUUUCAUCUUUUAUAUGUGUGUGUGUGUAUUUUGUUGUUGUUGUUUGUGUGUGGGUUGGG